UUAAACGUGCAAUUUUGUCUUGUGAAAAUGGUGGCUGCUCCUGGCAGCGAGGGCAGCCUCUCGUUGCAUCUCUCUCGUUUGACUGGAACCACUUGAGUACGCAUUCGCUACCCCAAAAAUAGAAGCAAGGUUGGAAGCGGAGGAUCAAGACAACAACAAUGGCAAAGAAAUUACUCUUUUUUGCUUUCCCAUCCCUGUCCUGUAUCAUGCUCCUGCCGGGGCUCCUAGAUCGGUGGCAACCCAAUUAUUAUUUCCCGGGUAAAUUGGUUCGCGGCCGUCAAGAAUCGCAGAGGCAUCCGGAUCCAACCACAAGGACCAAUCUUGUUUGCCAGAACUGUAUCACAUUCCAAUUUUAGGGCAACAUUUGGGUCUAAGAAACAUUAAUUAAUUAAGGUCGAACACGAGGUGAGAAGUACCUUCAGGGGAGGAAUCUAUUAGUCUCUGUGCAUCCUUGAGGCAGCUGUGGUUAUCCCUAUUGGAUGAGGUACCAAUGGCCGGUUAAUUUGGUCAUCCAUUGAGCUGUGCAUGCAAGCAAAUACCAUAGGAUUACAAGAUGAGAUGGCCGAGAAGCAAAUUCAGAUGGCUCUUCAGCGCAUGCCUCAUUUGUCUGCUGCUGCAGCUGGCUGGUGCGAUCAGGACUAGCUUGUUCUGGCCACCAGCUUGCCAGCUGCCGUCUCCUGCAAUCCCAAGCGGGGAUGAAUCGGUGGAACAACUGUGGCACAGUUGUGCUCUGGACUUGAAAAUUCCUCAAGAUGUUAGAAACAGGUCCCAUUACAGCCUUCUGUUCAACACCAUCAGCAAUUCGUAUAGAGAAAAUGAUAAUAAGUUCUAUCCUCAAAAGAUUGGCAUUGAGGAAGCAAUCACCGCAACCUUAUCACCUGCAAAAGAUGCCAACACUUUUCUGGACUGCUUAAAGAAGCAUAAUUUCCCUUUCUCUGAUCAUGGACUGCAGAAGCAGCGGGAGGAAACCAGAAGCUUACUUCCCAACUCUAACAGCAUCAGUAACCUUCCUUUUGUAAUGAAAAGAAGACGUCUACAUGAAGAAGAUUCAACCAUUGCUCCAACCCGACCUAAAGCAAAAGAGGCAAUAAGAAGCGUUUUGUCUUCUGAAGGAGAGGCUCACCUGCUAGUUGCUACUGUGAAAAAGUCUGGUAAACCAGAGCCCAAACACAAGAGCAAGGACAACAGUGGCACUAUUAUUGCUGCUUUGUCAGUGGCUUGUGUAGCAUUGGUGGCUCUUAUAUGUCUGUGCUACUGUGCUUGUCGUGGAAGCGAAGACCCAGAAUCAUCAUAUGAUGGCAAUCCACUGCUGAGUCUGAAUAUGAGUGAUUUAUCAGGUGCUACAAAAGAAAACAAAGCUGCUUUUGUGUUUUUUUUUCUAGCUCAUCCAAUUUCUCUCUUGCAUGGAUGCUUUCGCACACACAAAAAAAAUAGACAGAGAGGAAUUCUUACUCAGCUUAUUUACCUGUCAAUUCAUGCCCUGUUCAUUAAUGCAACAGGUUCUUCGCGUAAAUCAUGCUCUACCCCAAUUGAUGUCAACAGGUUGGGGGCAUUAUCAACCAGUUCAUCAGAGAGCCAGCGUAAAGAAUUUAAAUUACCUCCUGUACCGGCAGCAGUUAGAGAAAUGUCAAUGAAGUCGGAGUUUGAGCGACGCAGCAAUGUGCAGGCGAUGAAGUUAAGCUCUCAUGAAAUAACCACCAUUGCUGGACGUCCGUCAGCCUCUACUAAUUCUGAGGAAGUGAAAGCUGCAGUUCCUUCUAGUAAUGCCACUGGCAACAUAUGUAAACCUGCAGCUGGUCCAGCACCACCACCACCGCCACCACCUCUAGGUCAUCCUCUCCCAAAGGCUCCUCAUGCACCACUUGCACCAGCACCAGCACCACCAGUACCACCUCCUCCAAAGAUGCCUACAGCUGCUAGUUCGAGCAAUCCACCCCCACCAGGACCCCCAACGCCUCCUGCUCCUAGGCCUGCAGCCGGACCCGGACCUCCACCACCGCCAAGUAGAGCUGGACCCGGACCCGGACCUCCACCCCCACCAAGUAGAGGUGGAGCUGGACCUCCACCACCAGCAAUGCCUGGUGGUCCAAAAGCGCGUGGUCCGCCACCGUUGAAGAAAGCAGGGAAUGUUGCAGGUCCUCCUGUGGCAGACAAUAAAACAAAGCUGAAGCCAUUCUUCUGGGAUAAAGUUACUGCAAAUCCGGAUCAAGCAAUGGUGUGGGAUCAAAUUAAAGCAGGAUCCUUCCAGUUUAAUGAGGAGAUGAUCGAGAGCCUUUUUGGUUGUCAUGCUACUGACAAGAAAAAUGCUGACGGCAAAAAGGAUUUAGCAGCAAAGGAUACCCCUCAAUUUGUUAGGAUACUCGAUGCUAAAAAGGCACAGAACUUAGCGAUAUCACUGAAGGCACUGAGUGUUUCAGCUGACGAAGUACGUAAUGCAGUUAUGGAAGGGCAUGAACUCCCUAUUGAUCUGAUACAAACCUUGAUAAGGUGGACUCCAAGCAGCGACGAGGAGCUAAGGCUUCGGCUAUACACCGGGGAGCUCACUCAACUUGGUCCUGCAGAGCAAUUCUUGAGGACCAUCAUUGACAUACCUUACCUCUAUCAGCGCCUGGAUGUGUUGCUUUUCAUGUCCAGUUUGCCGGAAGAAGCUGCAAAUGCAGAACAAUCAUUUAAAACCCUGGAGGUGGCCUGCCAUGAGCUUCGGAACAGCCGUCUAUUCAAGAAGCUGCUAGAGGCUGUACUCAAGACUGGGAACCGGAUGAACGAUGGCACCUUUCGAGGUGGGGCCCAGGCGUUCAAGCUGGACACCCUCCUGAAGCUCUCAGACGUGAAGGGGGUCGACGGCAAGACGACGCUGCUUCACUUUGUUGUCCAGGAGAUCAUUCGGUCAGAGGGCGUGCGUGCGGUUCGGGCCGCCAAAGAGCAGAGCAACAGCAGCAUAUCCAGCGUGACUUCUGACGAUCUCACCGAGGAUGUCAGCGACGACACGGAGCACUACAAGCAGCUAGGCCUGGGCGUCGUUUCCAGCCUGGGAGACGACCUCCAGAACGUGCGGAAGGCGGCAAUCCUGGACGCCGAUGCGCUGACCAUCUCGGUGGCGAGCCUGGGGCACAAGCUGGUGAAGGCGAACGAGUUCUUGAACACGGGCAUGAAGAGCUUAGACGAGGACAGUGGGUUCCAUCGCAAGCUUGGCGAGUUCAUCGAGCAGUCCCAGGUGCGCGUGACCCAGCUUCUGGAGGAGGAAAAGAAGCUACGGGCGCUGGUACGCACAACUGUAGACUACUUCCAUGGGAGCACGGGGAAAGAUGAGGGCCUGCGGCUGUUCGUCGUUGUCCGCGACUUCCUGGGGAUCCUGGACAAGGUGUGCAGAGAGGUGAAAGAGGCGGCUGCCAAGGCUGCUGCUAAUAACAAGAAACCAUCUGCGGCAGGAUCAGGAUCGAAGGGAAGGCAACCGUCGCAGUCUUCUUCGUCGUUCCGUGAUCCUCGGCAGCAGCUGGUGCCCGCAAUUAAAGAUCGGAGGAGUGCAGCGGCACGCAGCUCUAGUUCCUCUUCUGAUUCUGACUGACAGCAAAGAAUUUGUGCUGGCCACACACCAGACUGAUUUAAUGGUGGUGGGUAUGCAGGUAGAAGAGAUAGUAGUGGCUUGACUCGCUUACAGCAGAAUGAAAAGAAUUAGGAAACACUGCGCCCUGAUAGAUUGAUUUAGUACGCGCGUGAUCUCACGCUCUCAGCUUUCGCCUCCGUAAAUAUUAUUAUUUUAUACAAAAUGUACAUCCUAGAUAUAUGUACAAAGAUCGUUCAAGGCUUAAUGAAUAAAUAUUAUUUUAUACAAAUACCUUACU